GAUCACGGCCUUUUUCCAUUUCGCAAAGAAAAUCCCUAAUCGGUGUGUUAACAAUAGUGUCCUCGACUUCUGUGCGGACGAGCAACCUUGAGAGCAAGAGAGGAUUAUAUUUCCGACUUUACCAACUAACGGAUCAUCGAUGAUGAGUCAUUUUGAAAAAAAAGCAAAGCAAAAAUCAGAAUACAAGGAUGAUUAGACGGAAAGUCAAGAGCCUGUAAUGGAGUACAUAAUCUUCAAUGAAUCGCAACACGAUUCUAUACCGCUACAUAAAAUCUAUGGAGUGCAGUUACCUAGAAGAAAGCGAUGGUUAGAUUUGUGCUUAACUGGAACUUAUACAUGUGUGUAUGAAGCUUUUAUAGAAUUGUGGUUUCAUCAGUCAUUAACCACAUAAUUGUUGAGAGGUAUUUGGAAUUGCGAUGGACUACUUCUGAUUUUACCCAGUGAACUUUCAAUAAUGCAAAACAAAACAAAGUGAAGGAUAAAUAACUCUUUGAGGUCGCGCAAUUGUGUAAUUGUGCAGUGAUAAAGAGAAAUAUUAUUUUAAGCAGAAAUACUGUCACAAUCUUACUGAAUCAAAAUUAAACCUUAGUUGGUUGAUUUUAAGCUAUACGAACAUUGGAAACAAUUCAAUUGUUUUUUCUAGCUUUUAAAUUAAUCAUGAAGGCGAAGAUAACUAAAGUUCAAAAUGAGCCUGUCAGAAGAUUGAGAUGAAACAAAGUUAAAACUCUAAUUUGUUUCUACAGUGCGUGAGAAUUCGCGGUUUUGGUUUUAUGAUGAUCUUAAACGCGACCCAGAUCGUUGUCUGGGACCCUCUGCACAGUCUGGUCUUUGGCAACAAAAAAGUGAACUGGAUGAAAGUAACAAGAAGAGCAUACCAGGAUGACAUGAAUGAAGGCAUAAGUAGUUUAUUCGGCUGGGUCUAGGAGGGAAGUUGAACAUUGUGUCUAGACAUAAUCUGGAUCGUUGGUACGACGUUCAUCAUCGCCAGGGAUGCAGGAUAAUCGAAGAAGGUGGCUCAGCGCUAUCUGGUCGCUGAUAGCUAUUUUGUCUCAUCAAUCCGAAUGCGUGGCAAAAGGCGGUGGGGGUUCCGUAGUGGAACAUCAUCCCUCUUCGUACUGGGAUCAACCUUUUAGUCAACCGUACUUCGAUAAUUCGACGAAGCGGGAGACAAUCACGACAGUCGGACAGACAGCCUAUCUGCACUGCAGAGUACGCAAUCUUGGCGACCGUGCAGUAUCAUGGAUUAGAAAACGGGAUCUCCAUAUUCUGACUGUUGGGAUCCUGACCUACACAAAUGAUCAACGAUUCCAAUCGCUGCACAGCGAUGGGAGUGAUGAAUGGACAUUAAAGAUUAGUUCUUCUCAAGUUCGUGAUAGCGGCGUCUACGAGUGCCAAGUCUCCACUGAACCCAAAAUUAGUUUGGCCUAUAGACUAAGUGUAGUAGUUUCAAAAGCCAAGAUUCUUGCCAAUGCCGAACUCUACAUCAAGAGUGGGAGUGACAUCAACCUAACCUGUGUCGUGGAACAGACACCUGAGCCACCGUCCUUCAUUUACUGGUACAGGGGUGAGCACGUGAUAAACUACAGUCAGCGAGGAGGCAUCAGCGUAGUCACGGAAAAGCAAACACGAACAUCGCGCUUGUUAAUUUCAAGAGCACUUCCCGCCGAUUCAGGCAAUUACACGUGCGCUCCUUCGACAGCUGAAUCAGCCAGCGUCCUAGUCCACGUACUUAAUGGAGAGCAUCCCGCAGCAAUGCAGCAUGGCAACUCAAGCAAUAGUGGAGCGGCGACUCGCACUUUGGCUCUUCUUCUUUUACUGCUGCAUGCUGGUUCAUUCGCGAGGUGACUGCUCG